CGCAGUUAGUAAACUCGUACGUUCACGACUAUCCCGAAGUGCUGCUACCAUACACGCUCGCGGGGGACGAGCAGCCAAAAACGUCGAUCAACGCGGAGCCCGAAAGUCCUAGUAUGCCUGCAACUUUUUCUCAUCUUUUUCUUUUCGAUGACAUGAUCGACGAGCAACAGAGACAAGCUGUCUGGAAGCAGUGGCUGCGAAACUACGCCUUCACGCACGCCGGUGACGUGUCGGCCUUGGUGAACGCGUUUUUCCGCUUCCGACACCUGCUGUGCGUCAAUUGCAAACGCAUGGUGGCGACGAACAAUCGCAAACACUACACGGAAAUAAAUAAUGGUCGCAGAGUGGUGACCUGCCCGUCUUGCGGUGCGCGCGCAGACCGCAGUCGUCAGGAAAACUUUCUGAGGACCAGUAGGGAGAACAUACAGGAAAUCCGACUGGAAGCCGAAAUGAAUGCUGCGCAACAUCAACGCGAGGCGGCCGCGAGUGGAAUAAAUUAUACUGCGCCAUUGUCGGACUACAUCGAGUACUUCGGCGACGCGCCGUUUGUUCCCGUCAACCUUUUUCUCGGCAGCGCGACGUCGACACCGGAGCAGUUGCACUCUCAUUUUGGAGCGGUUUCCACCGAAUUCGGUGAGAGUAAGUUCUUCCUACAUGGUUCGUCGUCCCGACGUCAGAGCGUCAGUAGAUCUCGGGCGGAAUCCAAAGCAGAUAGCACUGCUGGCUCUCACUUCGACGACCAUGACCAGCACACUCGCACGCCCAUGUCCACAGGUAGUGCUGUUGUACUCCGGGAAGGUUGCUCUUCGACUUGUUUUCGCAAUUGUCUGAACCCGGUGACGGAGGCGAGUUUUCACGACGGGUGGGCCUCGUUUCUUGAGAUGUGCCGUGUGGUGAACGACUUGACAAAUAGUAGCGCAGUGAAGUCUACUGGACGAGGUCAAGCGGUCUUUGCGAAGCUUUCAGCAGCGUCCUUGCGGAUACCAGCGUGCUUCGUCCUCGCUGGCAGUACUGGAGGAGGGCACAUCAAGGAUGCGCUUACCACAGGUACUGUCAUUCCACUCUUAAAUGCGCGAGAUUCUACGUCUUCGAGUAGAAGUGCGCCGAGCGGCGCAAGCCAUAAACCAGUAGGCGUGAACGUUUCUUCCUCGAACUUGCCGUAUCUCUGCAAAUUGGAGCGCGAGCAACAGGGCAAUGCUGCGGUGGGAAAUGUGAUCAAGACGCUGCUUGGAACUAUGAAACAGAACAUAGAUGAAGAUAGUGAAGAAGCAGUUGUUCCGUUGCUUGACUACUGCCGUACGCAUGGUGAGAUGGAAAUGUUGAGCUGCCUCACACGAACCAACGGAUUGGGUGGAAGCAAAACUUACUCUUCGAACAAGGAUGUUGCUGAUCAAGGCCAGAGAGCUUUAUUCCAGAAACGGAUCGAAGACACCGUCGCUGCUUUUACAGCAGUGGCACAACAAGGUAAAAAUCCUCCGGAGGGUACAGCGGAGCUGAUGCGAGGUAUUUCAGCCCAAUCCGAUUCCAGCUUUCUGCGGUACUUCGGUACAGCGUAUUCUUGGAACGAAGAACGAAGUGUGCUCAAGAACUCCGGUGUGUCAGAUCUAUCACGAACUGAAGAACACCGACUCCUUUUCUGGGCGUGGUUCCAGAUUCUUGCGCACCAGAUACGGAGCAGCGAUAGGAUAGACACUGGAGCGAAAAAAGCUUUGACUUCCCAGGAUUUUGACGAGAUUGCAGAGAAGCACAUCCCCUCGUUGAUGGACAAUUUUCAGAGCAAAUCCAAAUUCGCAUCGGUAUUGCGCCUGCUCGCAGCUCUGGGUUACGUGGUUGCACAGCAUCGCCAUAAGGACCUUGACCUGGUGACAGUAGCUGCGAUGGCAGACUUAACACAGAAAACAACGCUCGCGAUUGAUGAAGUUGCUGAGGGUCAUUUUGAGGGUGGUGUGCCAGCAGCGGUUAACGGCACCGGAUCAUCUUCAUCUCCUCCCUCAGGAUUCGAAGAUGAUGGAGACGGACCCGUGCUCCAGGCUGUUUCUGCAGCAAGUAUCCCGGAAGAAAUUGGUCUACUUCAAGCAAAAACGGGUGCAAGCGUCUCGUCUGGAUCCGCGAACAAGAAACCGACAAAAACCAGUCGCACUACGGCAGUCGCGGUGGAGCGAUGGCUCGAGCUUCUGCUCUUAGAAUUUUCGGGUACGAAAGGAAAUUCUAUCCUCUUGGACGGCGCUGACGUACUAGAGAACAACAAUAAAGCUGCUCCGGAGCAGCAGGUUGCGCAAGGAAAGAUUAGGCAAUACCUGAGGCGGUUGCUUGCUGGUGACUUUGAAACCGCGGAUGACGAGGAUCUGGGCAUGGCACCCGGCGAAGCGGGACCUGCAGCUGGUGGAACUACUCAAACUGCCAUUGAAGCUUUGAAAGCUAACCUCGCCAAGACACAGGCUGCAGACAAGGAGCUGACUUUUCUUCCCACAGACCGGCAACGACCACCAGUGGAGCGGAACUGCGUGCUGCGCUUUCUCGAGACCGCAAAAAUCUCCUAUCAAAUGUAAAAAUGUCUGGGUCUGGAAGAAUGCAACUUGUGAUGCUGCAUGUGGAUUCCAAAAAAAUCUGUAUUGCAUGAGUGCCAAAGCUGGGAAAUGCAAUUUUUGCUACGCUGAGAAGGCAUUUGUCAUUCGGAAUACGCAUCAAGAUCAAGAAGCCCUCAAAAAUCUGUAUUGCUAGGGUAUGCAUCACAGACAUGAUCAUGGCUCAUGCAAAACGUGCAUGACAAGUGUCUUAAUCUUCCAGACCCAGACAUUUUUACAGUUGAUAUCUCCACUGCCAGUACGAAGCCGGAAGAUGCAGAGCUGAAUGCUGCUUAUUUGGAAUUCGCCGGUAGUUCCCUGGAUGCUUUGGAUGCUGGUGGGAGGAUGGGUGGCAGCACCAAUAAAGGAACUCGUGGUCCUGCUGGUGGUGUGAUGACAAGCACCAAAGUUCCUGCUGCCAGUUCUGGCGCAACUCCUUCCCAGCAGCUACAAACUAUUUUUGCGAAUCUCGAGCGUCGCGUACUACAGUGAAAAGUGCCCCCCACCCCCAAAGUUGCAAAAAUUUGUGAUGCGAAGUUUCCAAAUGAAAACUUUUUGUCAUGCAUGAAAGGAGUAUGAAUCUUUCUGAUGCAGAGUCUAGUCGUGUUUCGCAUCGCUUCCAUGACAUUCACCGCUCUUGUUGCGAUCUUUGCAAUACAAAUUUUUGCUAUUCACAUUCGGAAAUCUGUGAUGCUGAUACAUGCAAGAGGGCGAAUGUUUCAUUUGGAAAGGUUUGCAAUACAAAUGCUUUCAAGUUCGGGGGUGGGGGCAUUUUUCAUUGUAAUAUCGCGCGCGAGCCAGCCUAGCCGAUUGCUGGGGGAGUUGGCAUGUCUUGUCUUCGCUCGCUUCUUAUCAAAUGUAAAAAUGUCUGGGUCUGGAAGAAUGCAACUUGUGAUGCUAACUUUGGAUUCUAAAAAAAUCUGUAUUUUUGCAUGUUGACCAGCAAGAGGCGCCCAGUUUGUGCUACGCGGGGAGGGCGUUUGUCAUGCGGGAUAGGCAUCAGGAAGGCCUCUCGAAACGUGUGAUGCUAGAUCAUGCAUUACAGACAUCCUGAGUCAUGCAAAAUAUGCACGACAAACCUGGUACCCUUCCAGACCCAGACAUUUUUACAUUUGAUACUUCUUUCCCGGCCGGACUUGUGGGAGCGGAACUUAGCUCUCAAACCUGGACAGCAAUCGCGGACUGCCUACGAAAAAAACCUGGGUUGUUCCUAGAUCGAGGUAGCGUCCCAACGACUACGAGGACACAAGAAAGCGCUGCGGGUGAUGGUGGUCGCGAAGAUAUCUUUGCUUCACCCACAUCAACAGCUUGUGGCAGCGACGAAGACUCAUCUUCGGAUGACGAUGCGCAAGACGAAACGACUAAGCAGAUUUUUUGCGACGCGUUGGAAGAGAAUUUGUCAGUGACAGGCUUCAAGCUUUCGCCUGAAGAACUGGAGUUUGUGGAUAUAGUGCGAGGUUCGAACUCGAUGCUCCGCGAUGUUGACGCGAAGGUUAAUUCCGAUAUCCCGACCGGCACCUGCAGGAACAAAAGGUCUUCACUAGUAGCCACACGGGGUCGUGGGCUCCAUGUUGAACACUGGACGGUCGCCCCUCCCGUUGCGAAAGAGCAGAGAAGACGGAUCCUUGAGAGGUUGAUCCAGAACAUUCCUGUGGAGAAAAUGAAUAAGCCAUCGGCCUCCAAAACAAGAACGCCCGACGAUCUUGCGGCUUUGUUUUUCGACCCGACAGGCACCGCGGGUAGCGUGACGAUGACCUCCCCCCGUUCUUCGGCUGGGUCGCAGGGUGUGCGAAUUCUCACCCUGAUCGUAGAGCAGUACUACGCCACAGCGGAGAACUUUGCACUCUUAGCCCUGUCACGUCUCCUUGAAGAAACGCAGACCGUUUCGGUGGAAAAACUUGUUAAGCUACUGCAUCAAGUCACGGCAGAGGUGAACAAAACAUCAGCUGCAAUAGAACAAGUGUCAUCUACUUCCCUAUCAAGCUGUCCGUCCUCUCCUUCUGUGUCUGCAGACGCAAAACGAAGGUUCAUCGUGUCGACGUGGCAUUUGCUGUUUCAGCUGCUGGAAGAAACGCGCAAGGUCGUAGAUGCGAAGAGGAAAAACGAAGAGCCCUUCAAGGUUGUUUGGGAAGUCGUAACGCAUGAGAAAAGCGUCGGCGUGCACGAGCACAUCGACGAGACUUUAUCGGGCGCGGCCUCCGAAACAGAGCCGGAUGCGAGCGUUUGCCCGGUUGUAGGUGCUCCGGAUGAAAGUGAGGAUCAGCAGGAUGAGAAAAGUGGAGCGGUUGCAGCUCGGGAGAGGACCAAAAACCCGAAUGAGCAGCCCAGCCCCGGCAAACAAGUCAACACUACAAGGCAGAGCACCGAGAAGUGCCUCUCUGAAGAUGCGACCGGGAUAAGAAUUUCGAUCACAAGAGGGAUGCUGGAUACCUUUUUCGUGUCCUUCGUCUCUGAGUUGAGUUCAGAACUCUCUCAGGCAACUGCCAACUCGGAUGAGCAGGAAGUCAAUAGCUUCGUGAAUGCUCUCUACCUGCAGUCCGAAAUGCAGGGUCCAAUGUCGUCUGUAGUUGCCGAGUGUAAACGAAGGAGCCUUGUUACGAUGGCCGGCGGAGAUUCAGUACUACACCAGUCAUCUCAAAGAAUAACUUCUCAAGCAGGAAGGUUGGCAACAAGCACAAAAGCAAGAAACGCUGCCAGACCCGCAGCGCAACUGGCCUUACUGAAGACACUAGCGCGGCAUCAAGACAAAGUCUGCAGCGUAGUUGCGGACCGCAACGGACCCUCACGUGUUCCUUCGCCUGAGCAGUCGAAGGCGUUCUUUGAGAAAGUGAUCUGCGAGUUGGGCAACCGCGCGCUCGGCACAAGUUGGAAUGGAGACGACGAUGAGGACGCAGACGCCGCCCCCCCGGUGCUGGUGUACGACCUUGCGGAAGCCCUCGCAGAGCGCUUCGGGCUGGUCAAGCGCUUCCUGGACCACCAAACCAAGCACCAAGCACUGCAAGGAGCGGACCCCGUGGCCGAUCCACUUUUUGAGUCGCUCACAGCGAUCACGUCGAACAUCCGACUGAAGCUUCUUCUCGACGACUACCUGCAGCAGCUUUUGCCGAGCGCCUUCUUUGUGACCGAGCUGAUUCGCUUUCGGAAGCGAAGAGCGUGGAAGCAGAGCUGGAAAGUGAUCGACAGCUUCUACGGAAAACACCUUUUCACGACGGUGUUCCUUCCGCAGCAGAUAGAAAAGGCAAAAGUUCUGCUGAAGCACCAGGACGACUGGCAAGCGAGUAAGCCGAAACUACCGGACAACUCGGAUGAGGAAGUGAAAGAAUCAGAAAUUUCCAUGAAAUUCCUGCUGCGCAAGUCCGCGAAGUCGAUUACCGUGAACCUGUCUAACGAGGACGACGUGACGGCACAACUUACCUUCCAGCUCGUCGAUAACUAUCCGCUCGGCCCAUUGGUCGUACAGCAGGGCGGGAACAGCGCUUCGAGUCCAUCGCCGGCUAGCAACCAGCAUCAGAAAAACACGAAAUCCGGAACAACAUCGACAUCUGGCGGUGGAGCAGCAGUAGACCUCUCCGCCUCGUCGCAGCCGGCGUGGCAGCUGAUUGCGGAAAGCGCGUUGAGCGCCAGCGGGCCGAUGGCGGCGGAGAGCGGAAUCAUGGGCGUCCCGAUGGCCAAGUUCCGGAAGUGGGAACUCGCGUCGCGAGCCUGCGAAAACAUCUCGUUUCCAGAUCUGAUCAUCCAAUGGCGGGGCAACUUUGUGUCGCACUUCCAGGGCUGGGAAGACUGCAUGAUCUGCUACUCCGUGGUGCAUGUCCAAUUUAACACGCUCCCGCGGUCGCAGUGCCCCACCUGCAAAAACAAGUUCCACAAGGCGUGUCUCAGCAAAUGGUUCCAGUCCAGUGGGAAGUCCACCUGUCCGCUUUGUAAACAGCCCUUCUGAAUAAAGUGAAGCACGCUGAGUAGAGCGAAGAUUCGCAAAACACGAAGUUUUAAGAUCCCGUGUGCAUCAUCAUCUCGACUACGACAUCAUGAAAAGAAGUUAUACUGACAUAGAGGCACAAUAUCAAUACAUGUGGCCGCUCACAACUCUAUAAUCUACACGAUCAUCUUGUGACCCUGUCCCUGUC